AUGGCUGCUGCCACGCCCGCCACCGCCGGGCCGCGCUCUGACUCUACUUCUCCCUGCCCAGCCUCCUCCUCGUCGCCCUCAUCCGCUCCACGCCCGUCGCCGCCUCCUAAGCAGGUUCAAGACCGGCUGCCCAUUAUCCCCACGUCAGCAACCACUUCGCCCGCCAACUACGGCCGCAUCAACGCGGAAAACGAGAACAACCUGAGUCUGCUACAGAGCCUUCCCGACCACCGCGUCAAGCACCAGCGCAUUGCCAUGUUGCCGCCACCCAUCAUGUCUGGCGAAUCCGCCUUCGCCGGCACUGCCACACGGCCGCUGGAUGCACUGCAGGAGGAGUUUGCCUCGCGGCACAAGCGAAUCCAACUCGAGAAAUCACGGCUGCCGAGCCGUUCCUCACCAAGAGCCACCCCCUUGACGGCCUUGCCGCCCGAACUUAUCGACCAUAUCCUUUCGCACCUUUCCGCUCGCGACCUUGUCACCCUCUCAGCGACGAGCCGCGUGACGCGCAAACACGCCAUUUCCGACUUUCACUGGCAACGUUGUGUUCAAGACAACGUCCCCGGCCAAGUCGUUACAAAGGCCGGCCCCUGUGCCACUUACCGACAGCUUUACGUCGCCCAUGACUUGUUCUGGUUUCUGCCCAGGUAUAAAAUCUGGUUCUGCGACCGGGAAUUGAUGGGCAAGUUAGUCCUGGUGCGCUUCGACCAGCGACGAGGCUGCAUCGAGGGCUACCAGCUCCUGGCGGUUAGCAAUCGUACCACCUUUGAGCACUGGCCUGCCGAUCCGCAGGUCAUUGUUCACGGAUUCGAGCCGCAGGUCAAGUUGCAUCUUGACAAGCCGGUCCUGCAGUUCCGUGUCCGAGACAGGCAGGACCACGGGGGGGUUCCAUCAAGACCCGGUGCUAACCGCUUUGCCGACGAGGUGUCCAUGGAGCUUGACGACCCCAGUGGAGCCAUGUUCAGCAACUUCCUACUGACCCGGGCGCUGGACCCCGAAACCGCCGAUGGGAGGCUCAGCGCCGGCUAUCCGUACGACAACGUCUGGCCCCCGCCUGCGGUCCCGGCCCGCCACCACGUGUCCGGGACCCGGUCCCGCCAAGACGUCAUGGACCUGUCACCCGACAAUCGGCCUUGGUCCAGGGCAGAGGUGUCUGACCAAACCUUCAGCAUUCGUCACUGGAUGGAGAUGAUGGGCACUCCGGCGCCACGGGGUCUCAUGGGGCAGGCGGGGGCCAGGGUCAUCACAGGGCUGAGAAACGUGGAUGCCGACGCUUUGGGGCGCCCGGGCUCGACACGGGUCCACAUUGGGGAAGAGAUCAUCACCUACUCGACGCUGGAUCCCGUUCUCUACACACCGACGCCCACCAAGCCCUGGCGGGGCAUCUGGGUCGGUGACUAUAGCGGCCACGGCUGCGAGUUCCUGCUCAUUCAUCAGCCGGACGACUCGCCCGCGACGGACGCCGAGCUCGGCUUGGUCCGCGGGGAGCAGGAGACGGAUGCAGCGUGGCAGCAGAGGAAGCUGGACGCGCGCAUCCACCGGGGCCGUCUCGAAGCCAUAAAGUUGACGGGCGAUCCCAACGUGCCACGCGGCGAGUACACGUUUGUGGCCGACGACCUGGGCCCGGGCGGCUACGUCGGCGUGGCCACGGAUGCGCCCUUUGUCGGGGCCAGAGUUGUCCGCAGCAAAGGACACGUCGCGGCGACGGGUUUCGUCGAUGACAAGUACAUUGAGAGUCAGCUUCUACUCAUUUCCCCCAACCGGCUAGCGCAGUACUGGGUCGGCUUUGGGCACAUUAGCUUUUUCGAGCGGGUCCAGAUGGACGAGUUCAUGGCGCCGUGA